AUGUCGCUUGCGAGUACUUCUGUUUGCCCUUUAAAGGUUCUCUCUGAAGUCGACAGCAUUCUAGGUUCAAAAUUUGAAAAAGAUCUAGAAAAUUAUACUGUGGAACAACUGAGAAGGUUGUUAAAGGAGGAUUAAAACAGAGCAGAAAAAUGAGAGGAGCUUUUGGAACAUGUUAGAGACUGCAUUAGAAGUGGAGAUUACUGCACUCUUGAUCCAGGUAUUGAUGAUGGCAGAUGGUUCAUUGCAAAGGCCAUUAAGGCACGUAAUGAUUUGAAAGGAAAUUACAAAUUGUUUCAGGUUCCACUCAUACCAACAGUUGGCUGGCAUGCUUUUCCGUCCCAGAACAUUCCAUCACUGUUCAACUACGAGCAAACCUAUUACUAUGCUCUAGAAUCUAUUCAACAUUUCAGCAGGGAAGACCAAGACAACAGACUUGGCUACAUGACAGAUAAGCCAGUGAAAAACAGUAUAAAAAACGGGGAUUCUGGAUUUGUUGUUUUAGUUUUAUCUGUGAAUAGUGGAGCUGUCAUACAUGCCUCAUGUGAACCAUGCAGAGCUUCGUCCUUGGGUCGCUGUAGUCAUAUCGUUGGUGUCCUAUUCUUGAUCCUGGAUCACAUUAAGAAGCAUGGGCUGAUUUAG